GGUGCUCGAGGCGGAUCACGCGUCUGCGUGCGCGCUCCCGCUUCCCUCAUCCAUCCGGGAAGAGAUGAGGAGAUCGGUCGGUGUGUGUCCGACAGUCCGAGCGGUGUGGAUCUCCCUCCGGAGGGCGGGGCUCUGCGGAUGACCAGAGGACACAGACAGAUGGUCCCCAGUCCUCAGGGGCCCCGGCCCGGCCCAGAAGACAUGGAGCACUGGGACCCCGGGAAGCCGCCCCUCCCCCAGAAGAAGCGGAGUUGGUACCUGGCCUGGAAAUACAAGCUGACCAAUCAGAGGGCGGUGCGGAGGAUGUGCCAGACAGGGGCCGUCCUCUUCCUCCUCGUCACCGUCAUCGUCAACAUCAAGCUGAUCCUGGACACCCGGAGAGCCGCCAACGAGGAGGAGAUCGACCAGGACUACGAGGAAAACGUCCAGAAUGUGGAAUUUCCCCGACGAGCCGCCGGGGGGAAGAAGGUUCUGGAUGUGGAGAUUUAUUCCAGCCGAUCGAAGGUCUACAUUGCCGUGGACGGGACGGCGGUGUUGGAGGACGAGGCCCGGGAACAGGGAAGAGGAAUUCACGUCAUCGUACUGAACCAGGCCUCGGGUCAUGUGAUGGCGAAGAGAGUUUUUGACACAUAUUCCCCACAUGAAGAUGAAGCGAUGGUUCUGUUCUUGAACAUGGUGGCCCGUGGUCGUAUCCUCAUCUUUACUGUCAAGGACGAAGGAUCCUUCCAUCUUAAAGACACAGCGAAGAACCUGCUGAAGAGUCUGGGCAGUCAGGUGGCUCUGACAUUGGGCUGGAGGGACAUGUGGACAUUCGUGGUGAAGAAAGGAGGGCAAAUCUAUGGAGAAAAACACUCAAAGUCACCGGCAUUGUCCACCUGGGGAGAUCCGGUUCUGCUGAAGACCGACAUUCAACUUGUUCCCCCAGAAGACGCUGAAUGUCAUUGGCCGGACACCGAGCUGAACAGACGGAGGAAACACUUCUGCAGCAAAGUGGAGGGGUACGGCAGUGUGUGCAGCUGCAAGGACCCCACCCCCAUCGAGUUCAACCAUGUCCCUCUAAAAGACAACAAGGUGUGGAACGUUCCGGUGGCAGUGAUUGCGGGGAACAGACCGAAUUACUUGUACAGGAUGCUGCGCUCUCUGCUCUCCGCUCAGGGUGUGAACCCCCAGAUGAUCACCGUCUUUAUCGAUGGAUAUUAUGAGGAGCCAAUGGAUGUGGUGGAAUUGUACGGCCUGAAGGGCAUCCAGCACACGCCAAUCAGCAUCAAGAACGCCCGCGUGGCCCAGCACUACAAAGCCAGCCUGACAGCCUCCUUCAACCUCCAUCCGGACGCCAAGUUUGUCAUCGUUCUGGAGGAAGAUCUGGACAUCUCGGUGGAUUUCUUCAGUUUUCUGAGUCAGACCAUCCAUCUCCUGGAGGAGGAUGAGAGCUUGUACUGCAUCUCCGCGUGGAAUGAUCAGGGCUAUGAGCACACGGCGGAGGAUCCCUCGCUCCUCUACAGGGUGGAGACCAUGCCCGGCCUGGGGUGGGUUCUUCGCAGGACUCUUUACAAGGAUGAACUGGAGCCAAAAUGGCCGACUCCAGAGAAGCUGUGGGACUGGGAUAUGUGGAUGAGAAUGCCGGAACAGAGGAAGGGGCGGGAGUGCCUGAUCCCGGACGUGUCCCGGUCCUAUCACUUCGGCAUCGUGGGGCUCAACAUGAACGGAUAUUUCCAUGAAGCUUACUUCAAAAAACACAAAUUCAACACGGUUCCCAAUGUGCAGAUAUCCAACGUGGAGAGUCUGAGGAAGGACGCCUACGAGGUGGAGAUCCAUCGGAUCCUCCGAGAGGCGGAGGUUCUGGAUCACAGUAAGGACCCCUGCGAGGAUUCCUUCGUCCCCGACACGGAGGGGAAAACCUACGUCAUGUUCAUCCGCAUGGAGCAGGAAGCCGAUUUCACCACCUGGACACAGCUGGCGAAGUGCCUCCAUGUCUGGGAUCUGGACGUUCGGGGAAACCACAAUGGUCUGUGGCGUCUAUUCCGAAAGAAGAAUCAUUUCCUGGUGGUGGGAGUCCCGUUUUCUCCAUAUUCGAAUAAGAAGCCUAUAUCCGUGAAUCCCAUCUACCUGGAACCGCCCCCCAAGGAGGAAGCCGCUGCAGCUGGAGUGGACCAGUCCUGACCCCGGGGGGGGGGGAGAAGAUAUCUCACAGACCGUCCGCUUGCCCUUUGUGAAACGCGUAGGACUGCACGGCUCCAUCUGUAUUUGGAGAACUGUUAAAGGGGUGGAGCCACUGACAUCACACUGACUUCUCCAGUGUAGAAGCAGUGACCUCAUACUGAACACUAAUCCCGCCCCCUGCCGCUGGUCACAUGACAAGACUUGUGACAUAACCGAGAGAGAUGUGUGAUGCGGCCAGUACCUGCAGGGGGCGCCAUUUCUGGGACAUAUCGGUGUCGUGUCUCUUUGUUUUAUUUAUUGAUGAACCUUCUGAAUGUUUUUUUAUUUGAGAUCGUGGUGUGAGAAUUGCUGCUGCGGGGUGUCCGGGAUCUCGGAAGCGUCUGACCUCCUACACAGUGCCUUAUAUCUGUCUUUACAUCCGCGCUUCUGACGAUCUGCUUCCAUUGGUCGGGGGGACAGACAGGACCCGGAGUGAUGCUCUGCAGACGAGCAGAAAACCCUCCAAUCAGAAGCCUCAGAUGGAAGCUGCCGCUCCAUCACAGGCUGUGUACUCGGACCUGCCUUUAUUUUUCAUGACAGGUUCCCUUUAACGUGACUUUAGUAUCCAAGAAGCAGCCAAUCCCCUGCGUGUCUGAGGAGGAAGUGCGGCUCCUGUGGGGUCAUUCUGUGUGUGACGCCGUCCCGUCUUGUGUGUAGAAAUAAUAAAUAAAAUGAUAACUCUG